CGUGAGUAUCACUUCGAGGAUGGCAGAUGGCUGUCAAUAAGUUUUAUUUCAUUAUUUUGGAAAAGGAAAGAAAUCAAAUAACGCAAAUGUAAUGACAUUUUUAUGAAUCAUGUAUACGUUUUGUAGUAUUGUAAUAGUUCUGAGAGAUCAUAUAUCGCGUCGGUAGUGAAUAUCGUCUAAAUAUGUUAAAUAAAAAGAUACAAUAAAUGUCGACGAUGGCGUCUGAUGGAGAAACUUCGUGUACUAAUGAUCCUAAUUUUGCUGCUAUCUAUUCGUUCUUAAAAGUUUUUGGAAAGUUAUAUGGUUUAGAAAUACCUACUAUAUCUAUAUUACAGGAAUGGAUAGAAAAUUCACAAGAAGUAUUGGAGCCAUUGCGAGAGCUACACUUACGAUUAUUACGUCGCGCUCUUAAAUCGGCGCAGAGCAAUCGCUGGGAAAAAUGUUUAAUAAAAUUCUGUCAUCAACAAACAUUUCAUCAAGAAGCUUGGGAAAUUGAAAGAUUUUCUUACAAGAAAGCCAGUACUCAAGUUAAAUUGAAGGUUUUAAAAUUAUUAUUAGAAUAUCAGUUCACCUGUCAUCCCAAGUUCAAGAAUGCAGUAAAUAACUUAUCAAGCAAAGACCUGAGGUUAAAUCCCAUCGGCAGGGAUAAAAAUAGUUGCUUGUAUUGGCUUCAGGUUGACCAUGAGGCAAAUUUGUGUCUGUUCAAAGAAGAUCAAGAUGAGGAGACGUGGCAUCUUGUAGCUAGGAAUAGAGAUGAGCUUGUUAAAGUAAUAGCACAAUUGAAGGCAGGGGAAGCAACCACACCUGUUGUCACAAGUACAAACAAUAUUUUAAAUAGUGAUGAUUCCAGUGGAAAUGAGGUGCAGAAGAUAGGAAAACCAGCAAAAACAUCAGAAGAUGAAGAGGAGUUUUUAAGUCCAGAAUCCGAAACGGAUCACGAAAGUGAUGGGUCAAAUGAAAAACAAAACAGACCAUCUGAAGUACAAGUAGAAACAGAAAAAGAAGAAAAAAAAGAGAAUGUAAAUAAUGUAGAUAAUAAAGUUACUGAUGUAAAUACUAGUGAUAGUGAAAACUCAAUUGAAAAACAAACAACUGAGGUUGUCAAGGCAGAAGACUUGAUGGUAGCAAAUGAAAAGGGCUUAGACCAGAAUAAAGACAAUAGAAAAAAGAAAUCUAGUUGUCAUAACUCCGAAGAUAGUGAAGAUGGUCAAUCUGUUAGUGAAGCUAUUGAAGAACCUGUUAUGAUGGUAACUGGAGAGGGAAAUGGUGCUGAUUGUGAAAGUUACUAUUUUGGUGAAGAAAUAUGUGAGCCAGUUAUGUAUAUAUUUGGUGAAGGAUCCGGUUAUGAUAACUGCACAGGUAAUCCAGAAGGUGCAGAAAAAUCCCAUAGUGAUGAUAAAUCUGAGGACGAAGAUCCAACUGACGAAUGGAACGGUGAUAGUAGUGAAGUAUCAAUUUCAAACAAACUUAAAUUAAGAAGAAGUGCAAAAUCAGUGUCCGUAGCUAAGAGAUCAUUAAAAAAGCAAUCAGAUACAACAGAACUACUUAAAAUAGAAUCAAAAAAGCAAUGUAAAAGAGAUAUAAAUAAAUCAAAGGACUCAGAUACAGUCAAUAACAAGGAUGAAGCUGAUAGUGAUACAGUAGAAAAUUGCGCAAAGGAUAAUGUAAAUAAAUCUAGAAAGAAAAAAAUUAAGAGUAAAGUGAAGAAGAAAAAGUUAUUAAGAAGUUUUAAAAAGAAAGAUGAUAAUAAUUUAAAUUGCACAACAGAAAAUGAUAAGUGUCAGAAUGGAAAAACCAGUAUUAUAGAAAAGCGUAAAAGUAGUCUCUCAUCAGACCAAGAUGAAGAAAGAACUACAAAUAAAAAAAAUAUUUCUUAUGUAGAAUCUAAAGUAGAAGAGCCUUUACCUUCAAAAAAGUUACGCUUAGAAACAUCACAAGACUUAGAUGAUGUAUCACAUUCCAAAGAAACAGUUGAUCCUUUAGAUUGUAAGAACGAUGUUAGUAAUGAUAAUAUUGAAAAUAAGGAUUUGAACACUGACAAAAACUAUGAUUCCAUAUCCAAUAGAAAGAAAAUCAGAGCUAAGAAAGGAAAAUUUAAGAGUCGAAAGUUUAGUAGAGUUAAUGAAUCUAAAGGCAAAGCAAGUGACAUAAAGAAAAGUGGCAAAUCCUUAAAGAGAUCCCUAUUAAAUGUUACAUUAAUUGAUAAAAAUAAAUCAGAAUCUCAUAGUGAAAGUGAGGAAGAUGAACCUGCAAAGAGUGGCAAACGGUUAAAAAUUAAGCCUAAGGUGAUCAUGAAAUCAACAAGAAAGAAAGUGGAAGCAAAAUUAAUGACAAAAUGUUCAAGUGAAUCUGAGGAGGAGACAUUACUCACUUUAGCAAGCAAAAAAACACUAAAAAAAUUGAAAAAGAAGACCAAGAGUGACAAAAAUAAAAGUGACAAAAAUAAGAGUGAAAAGUUAGUAGAUGAGGACGGGUCCAGAGUGAGACAGUCGAGGAGGAUAGCACAGAUGAAGAUCAAGGAGGAGGCCGAUAGGCGUCACUUAGAAGAGGUGGCCUUGAGGGAGUUAAAAAUGAUACAUAAGAAAAAGAAUAAGGACGAAGAAGAAUGGCGCGCCAGCGGCACUAGCUCGGAGUCGGAUCGGAAGAGUCGAGCGAAGAAACACAACAAGUGGCGCUCGUGUGACUCAACUGGACCCGAGCAGGACUCUGAGUCGGAGGAGCCGCUGUUUGAACAUGAUGAGCCGGAGAUUGAUUACAAUAAAUCUGACCACGAGUUCUCACCGGAGUCUGACCUCGAGAGUGGUGAAUGUGAGGAACCUGUAAAGAAAGCAAGGACCAUGAUAGAAGCUGGCCGGGAGGGUGUCUGCAAGCGCUGCGGCAGCGGGGAGCAGCCCGAGUGGAUCCUGGUGUGUGAGCGAUGCGAGGCGGGAUACCACGCCAGCUGUCUGACACCCGUGCUCCUGAUGGUGCCUCCCGCGGCCUGGUACUGUCCGCCCUGCGACCACGAGUCAUUGAUAUCCGCGCUGGAGUCAGAGUUAGGCAAAUAUGACGAGCUUGUGAUAAAACUGGAAGAGGAACGCGUCAGGAAAGCGCAGGAACAAAUCGAGCAGACUGAAAAGGCGAAAGAGACAGAAGAAGAAAACACUGAAAAGAGAGAGGAGAAACAGUCAAACGGAGAUUCGUCGGAAGAUAAUUCUGAAGACAGCAGCGAGUGGUCGUCUUCGUCGUCCGACGGCGCCGUGUACCGGCUGCGGGCUCGCAGGCAGCUGCCUGUCUCGUACCGGGACACGGAGUACGACCGGCUCAUGUCGUCUGCCAUCAAAGAGGAAUAUGUAGAGCCGACAACAAGUGCUGGAAACCAGGGCCGGGGCAAAGAUAUCUCCACCAUUAUCGAAGCUGCAGAGGAAGAAAAGAUGAAAGCGGAAAGAGAAGCUAUUGAACAGGGUAAAGUGGUGGAGGUGAGAAAAACGAAACGAGUGGCGCGACGGAAGCCCAGGAAACUUAAUUCACUGGAGAUACCUUCGGAAGAUGACGAGACCGAUGAAGACUUUAGAGAUAUAGGGGCCGAGUCGUCGUCGGAGGAGAUAUCGUCGGCCAGUACGUCGGGCUCCGUGCCUCUGGCUCGCUCGCAGCGGGAGCAUCGCGAAAGAAAAAGCCUGGCUGAAUCAUCGCCCGAAGGGAGGAAGAAAAAGAAGGGAGUGUUUGCGGAGACUUCCAGCGACUCACCUGAUACUAAAGAGUGGUCAAACAAAAGCAAGAAAAAAUCGCGGUCGUCACACAGACGAGGCAAGUCGAGGAAGUCCCGGAAAAGUGGGCUCAGUCAAUAUGACGCGGCCGGGAACGUUGUGCGAGCUCGGGUCACGUACGGAGGACUGAGUGACGAGCCCAACGACUGGUCGCCCAAACACCGCACGCGGCACAGGACUAUCAACUACACGGAGAUGCCCAACACGGAGUCCGAAGACGAGAUGCACAAGUCCAGCGGCAAGCACAUGGCCGACAGCUCGGACGAGUUCAAGAUAUCGUCGGACGACAGCUCGGGCUCCGCGCCGCCCGAGCGACCCGGCGGCGACCAGCGGCGCACCAUCAGCGACCUGAUCAAGAAGACGGCCGUGGUGCCGCUCGAGAAGCUGCCCGAAGACGUCACCAGAGCCAAGACGGAGGCCUUGCAAGCUGCCUUAGAGCGGCAGGCGGCGCAGAAUGCGAGAACCCCGCGGGGCCGCGGCAUCCGGGGGAGGGGAAGCAGAGGCGGGGGCCGCGGACGAGGAGGUCGCAAUAGCGGGGGACCGAGCGGGGCGAGCGCGGGGCCCGAGGACGCGCUCGCUAAACUGGUGGGGGUGAAGAUUAAAGAACUGAGACCUGAUUGCGCACCGCUAAGACCAAAUCAGGUGGAACGUGACAGGAAGCGUCAAGAACGCGAGGCAAAACAAGCAGAGAAAGAAGCGAGAAGAUUAGAACGACUGCAGAAGAAGGAAGAGAAAGAGAAAAUGAAGGAGCAAAAGGCGAAAGAGAGGGAAGAGAAGCGACUGGCGAAGUUGGCGCAACAGGAGAACAAGCGAGUCAAGAAAGAGUUCAGCUACGUGCAGCCCCAGCAUCAGGAAAUAAUGGGCCAAGGUCGACCAGUGGAGCGAUUCCAGCCUCAACAGCCAAGGUUACAGGUCCGGCCCGAGCUGCGCGGCAUGGCGGCGGGCGCCGACGAGCGCGUCAUAGCGCAGCGGCACCAGCACCACCACCUCAUGAGGGAAGGCACGUUGUCUGUGGCCGGCUCCCCGCAGCCUUUCAAGCCGGUAUCGGAAGAGCCCAGCGUCAUCACUCGCAUGCCGCACAUGCUCAACCAACAAUACAGGGGACAGAUGAUGUACCCCCCCCGCCCGACGUACGGGGCGGGCUCCCCGUACCCCCCCUCCCCGCGCCCCCCGCCCGCCCCCUACCCGCAGUACUACUUCCCGCGCGCGCCGCCCGCCUACCGCGCGCCCCUCCCCCCGCGCCCCCUGUUCCAAGCCGCCAUGUCCGAUCCCGGCUCGUCGCCUCACCUGCUGGUCCGCGGUCCGUCGCCCACCGCCGCGAGACCCGCGCCGCCUGCCGGCAGUCCGCAUCAAGCCUCCCCCGAUGAAGCCUCGGUCAGAAUCAAAGCGGAAGUGAAAACUGAACCGGAAUAUAAUUCUCCUCCAGCGUCACCCACGCGACGACCCUCUUCGCCGGAACAGCCGCGGAAUAGGAUAAAACGCACCGAAAACAAAGACGGUCGGAGGCAUCCACUGGGUCCUUAUGCUCCUCAGUAUGGUCCUUAUGGGCCUUACGCGCCCCCCGCGUCGCAGGGCCAAGAAAUUCCCAUUAACCAUCCUCUCCAACGCAUGCCCAUGCCGUAUCACGCACCGAAUGAAUUCAAGCGCCACAGUCCGUCGCGUGAAAAUUACGAGCGCGACAGACCGAUCCCUCCCGAGGGGCGGCCGCCGAAUAGGUUACCCGAGCCCAUCGGACCCGAGAGAUUGAAGCCGGACAUGAACCGACCGCCCGAGACCUCCAUCCUUCACGACAUGAUCCGAGCUCCGCUGCGACCCAUCCUUUCUGACAUGCUGCGACACGAUCGACCCGUUACCUCUACCGAUAUGCGAUGCCCUCCGAAUAGACAUUCGCAGCCUUUCUACCGACCCACCCUCGACAGAAACAUGCACGAAAUGCUGCGGGCUCCCGGUCCGGAGAGACACGAAAUGCACCGGGCGCCCGGGCCAGAGAGACACGAAAUGCUCCGAGCGCCCGGGCCAGAGAGACAUGAAAUGCUUCGGUGCCCCGGUCCAGACAGAAUCGAAAUGCUCAGAGCUCCCGCACCAGAAAGCCACGAAAUACUUCGGGCUCCCAGACCAGAGAGACUUGAAACGAUUCGGGCAACAGUACCAGAAGGACACGAAAUGCUUCGGGGUACUGGCCCAGAAAGACACGAAAUGCUUCAGGCUCCCCGCCCACCGAGACUGGAGAUGUUACGCGGAGCCGGACCAGGAAACCAUGAAAUGCUUAGGGGCCCUACACCAUAUAGAAACGAUAUGCUACGAGGCCCCGGACCAAAUAACAAUGAAAUGCUACGGACUCCCGGACCAGAGAGACACGAAAUGCUACGAAGUGCAGGACUAGAAAACAAUGAGAUGCUUCGGGCAUCUGGACCAGAAAAUAAUGAAAUAAUUCGGGCCCCCGGAACAGAGCCCAACGAAAGUCUACGAGGCGCCAGACCAGAAAAGCAUGAUACACUCGGGGCUGCCAGACCAGAGAGAAACGAAAUUCUACCAGGUGCUGGACCAGAAAACCAUGAAAUUCUUCGGGCACCGGAAAGAAACGAAAUACUACGAGGCGCUAGGUCAGACAACCAUGACUUGCAUAGGGCUCCCAGACCCGAGAGACACGAAAUGAUCCGAGCUUCUGGAAUGGAGCGGCACGAAAUGAUCCGUGUUCCCGCACCGGAGAGACACGAUAUGGGACCCGUGAUGCCGGAUAUGAGAGUCGCCGACCUCUCUCACUACCCGUACAUGCGGCCACAGAUCCGGUACUCCAUGCCCGUCCGACACCUUCAGUCGGAGCGGUUCGUGUACGAUGUGAACAGAAUGGAGAAACCAAUGCAUGCUAUGCGAGACUCGGUUCUGAUGAAGCCACCAUCGCCCGGCGCUCCCGGACCGGUGACGGUUCGGCCGGUCGAGUCACCGAAGGCCCCGGAGCCGCCUCCGUCACCGCCGGAUAUAAAGCCUCAGAUACAGGACGAUCAUGUAAAUAAUGACGUCGAGCUCAAGCUGAGUAAUCUGAAGAUGGAAGAACCGGCGGACAGUCGGCGGGGGGAGGAGGGCGGCGUGUUCGGUGGCCUGGUCAGCUACUUCUCUAGCCAGCGAGAGGACGACCUGGUGUAGUGACGGGAGACAGACCGGACGCAGUCGCGACGAUGAAGACAAGCUCGUUCGAACAAAGUGUUUCCUUUCACGUUAAGUUUGAAGCUCUGUAUGGAUAAUAUUAACAUAAACUAAUAUAUUUCACCAGUGGCUUCUUUGUUCAAGAAGCUGUUCAGAUAACGCGUACCGCAGAAGUGCCUUUUUUUUGCCGUCACACAUAUAGUUCAAUUAAUGGGCUACUGGGACUAAACCUCUGUAUGUCAGAAUUGUAGGUUAAAAUUGUAGGUCGAAAAAAGUGGCCAAGUAAGAUUGCUUACUGUCAGGUGUUAUCGUAGUCGAGUUAUGUCUUGUUAUCAUAAAGAAACCAUAAAAUUUAUUGAAUUAGGCGUUACUUUGCGGAAAUCCAUAACUAUCCAAAUGUUUUAAGUUUUCUUUAGUGUUAAUUCCGCAAAUAUUUUUCAGUUUCAGGACAUGUUGACUCGCCAAACUCUGGCACGAGACUGAAUUAAAUGAGCCGAAAGCCGCUCUUUUAUACCCUCGUCCCAUGAAAUGAUGCCCUGUGAUUGGUCGGCUGAUGUGACGUAUUUCCCCCCGGAAGAGAUACGUAACAAUGGUGAAGGGACCAAAUUUGUUGGUUCAUUCAACAAUGUAAACAUGUUAUUGUUGUGUUUUAUUAUUUCUAAUUGCUUUAACACAUUCAAGCGACAUCCUUUUUCACAUGUAUGUGAAAUAUUAAAAUUAUUAUUGUUGCCUAGUGAGUGACCGGUGUCAAUUAAAUGUUUCGCGAAGUGUGAUUUUUCGGGAUGAUUAUUUCUAAAUGCAGAAUGUUCCGCACAUACAUGUGAAAAAGGAUUUCUCUUGAAUGUGUAAGAGCAAUUAGUAAUAAUAAAACACAAAAAUAACAUGUUUACAUUGUUGAAUGAACAAACAAAUUUGGUCCCUUCACCAUUGUAACGUUUCUCUUCCGGGUGUAAUACGUCACAACAAUCACAGCGCGUCAUUUCAUGGAUCGAGGGUAUAAAAUAGCUGUCUUCGGCUCAUUUAAUUCAGUCUCGUGCCAGAGUUUGGCGAGUCAACAUGUCCUGAAGAUGCCUCGUGUAGAGGCGAAACACGUGUCGAAUUGUUUAAAGAAAAAUAAACUUUUUUACAUUUGCAUAUCGGAGGCCAUCGUCCAAUUCGCCAUUUUUUACAUUUAUUAUUAUAACGGCAAUUUGUACUCACAUUUAUCUCAUAAUUUUAUCUGUUGCGGUUUAUGAGAUGCAGUCUGACGGACGGACUCUAAGUUGAAAUUUCACUUAAGCCUUAUUACUUUAUUUACACAUGACUUAACCUUAAAUCUGAACCUAGAUAUUAUUCUUUAAACUCCUAUGUAAGUGCAAUGCAAUACGCUUCCAGUAAUUGUACUAAAUUAGAUCCAGUGUUAGCAACACGAAAUCUCAAGGAAACCUUUUGCGAAACGAACUUUACUGAUAAAGUAAUGCGACUCAUAUAACGCUUUAGCAUUUUUAAGAAUUAAUGAAGUAAAUAGUUAAGAUAUAACGCGGUUAAAUAUAUUGACUAUAUUGUAUGUAUCACAAAGUUUUAUAUAGGAAUAAUUGUUGCCGAGAAAUACAUAAUACAUAGAAAACUGACUGAAGCAAGAUUGGAUAUUUUCAUGGUUGUGUCGCUUUAUUUAACCGCGAAAUAUCUGUGCACAUGUACAUAUAAUAUAUAGAUAAUAUUAACGGAUAAUGUAUUUAUAAUCCGGCGCGUAGGCCGUUAGCGUACCCAUGAUGUAUAAUAUAAUGAAAUACAAUUUAAAUUUACAACAAUCUCGGUCUCGAAUGAGAAACUGUGUAUUAUUAUUUUUGUUUAUUGUUAAGUGAGAUUUAUUUAUAUAGAUAUAGAUCGACGAGUACUUACUUACUCUAUACUCAGAAUACGAAUUUUAUUACAGAGGUAUUUCUUUUUGCAAAAUAAAUGUUUUCUCCUAA